AUGGGAUUCCCGGAUAUCUGGUGCAAUUGGAUUUGGGGGAUCCUUAAUUCUGCGAGAUCUUCUGUCUUGGUUUACGGAUCGCCUACUUUCGAAUUCAAAUGUGAAAAAGGGAUGAGGCAUGGUGACCCAAUUUCCCCGUUCAUCUUUUUGCUUGUGAUGGAAGCGCUUUCAUGUAUGUUGGACAAGGCUAAGGAGGAAGGUAUCUUGAAAGGUAUCAAAACCCCAAAUGACGGGCCGUCUAUUUCUCAUCUUCUGUAUGCUGACGACGCUAUUAUUCUUUGGGAUUGGUUAUCAGAGAAUGUUUUGAAUGUUGUGAGGAUUCUUAGGGUUUUCUACAUGUGCUCGGGCUUAAAAAUUAAUCUGUCUAAGUCAAAUUUGUAUGGCAUGGGGGUGGAAGGGUGGGAGGUUGAGGAAAAAGUAGCUAGGGUCGGGUGUAAAGCGGACAAGCUCCCGUUUCGGUACUUGGGGUUAAUGGUUGGAGCUAAUAUGAGUAAUAUUAAUAACUGGAAACCGGUGUACGACGUUUUUGAAGCGAGACUCUCAAAAUGGAAGGCGGACUCUCUCUCCAUUGGAGGCAGCGGACAGGAGAAGUUUGGAUGGCAAUGGAAAAGACCGUUGGCUCCUGGGCCAGAAUCGGAGGAUCUGAUUCAGCUUCUUAACCUGCUGGAUUCGUUCGUUGUUUUCGAUAGUAAGGAUAAGUGGGUCUGGCUCGGGGAUGGGUCGGGGGAUUUUAGCGUCGGAGCUGUUAAAAGAACUUUAGUGAAAGGCCGUGGAUCGGACAACUUCUCGAGGUUUAAAUGGUGCAGGUGGGUUCAUGCUAAGUGCAAUAUAUUUGCUUGGCGGACGGGAUUAGGCGGAAUUCCUACGGUAGAGGCCCUUCGAAGAAGAAACAUCAACCUUCAAGAUUUGAGUUGCGGUUUUUGUAACGAGGGAGAGGACACAGUGGGUCACCUUUUCACGGAAUGUCUUGCUGCUAAUGUGGUCUGGAAUUCGAUCAGCAUGUCAGGUUACGCAGAUUUACGCGUUUUCGUUCCAAGAUCUUAUGGAGGUGCACUUGUUCUGUGGGUUAAAGGAACCGGAGAAAACUAUCCUUCAAGGUUUGAUUAUCAUUGCUUGUUGGAGUCUCUGGAAGGCGAGGAACGAAGCAAGAUUCAGUAA